AAAAAAUUUUCAAACAGUACAGUCUCCAAGGGUCCUCGAACUCUUUUCCUCUAUAAAUAAGGGCGGAGCACAGCAGGAGAGAAGCAGGAGGAGAUCAGAGAUGGCUUCACACCCAGGUCCCCUUACCGACUGGCCAUGGGAGAAGCUCGGUUCUUACAAGUAUACUGUGCUGCUGCCCUUCAUUGGCCAUGCCGUCCACACUCUCUACCACAGUGAGCCAGAGGACAGGGACUACACUCUCCUCUGCCCUUUCUACCUGCUAGUGAGCAGGCUUGUCCACGACCAACUCUGGAUAAGUUGGUCGCGCUUCCAGAAUGCAAGAAGCAAGCACCAAAUCCAGAGCAGAGGCCUCGAGUUUCAGCAAGUCGACCGAGAAAGGCGCUGGGACGACCAGGCCAUCAUGCACGCCAUUGCCAUAUAUCUGGGACAUGUGCUUCUUCAAGGAGCCUCGCACCUGCCUCUGUGGAACACCAAGGGCUUGCUCUUCACUGCUCUUGUGCAUGCUGGGCCGGUGGAGUUUGUGUACUACUGGGCUCACAGGGCUCUGCACCAUCAUUUUCUCUUUACUCGUUAUCAUUCUCACCACCACUCAUCCUUCGUAACAGAGCCCAUCACCUCUGUUGUUCAUCCCUUCGCCGAGCAUUUACUGUAUUUGGCCAUCUUUGCUCCUGGGUUUGUGGUCCCUUGGAUCACAGGGACGGGCUCGCUCGCCGCAUUAUGUGGCUACAUGACAUUUAUUGAUCUCAUGAACAACUUGGGCCACUGCAACUUUGAGUUCAUCCCGAAAUGGGCCUUCGCCAUUUUCCCUCCACUCAAAUACAUUAUGUACACCCCCACGUUUCAUUCCCUCCAUCACUCCCAAGUUCACAUCAAUUUCUGUCUGUUCAUGCCCAUAUACGAUUACAUGUACGGUACGGUCGACAAGACUACGGAUUCUCUAUACGAGACGUCGAUCGACGGACGGGAACAAAUGACAGAUGUCGUCCAUCUAACACAUCCAACUAGCAUCCACUCCAUUUGGCAAAUCCGGUUCGGCUUCGCCUACCUCGCAGCUGAACCAUACUGCACCAAGUGGUACUUCUGGCUGUUGUGGCCUUUCACUGCUGUCUUGGCACUGUUGACAUGGAUGUUCGGGGCAACCUUCACUGUCGAGAAGAUCCGACUUGAUAAGCUCAAGAUCCAAACAUGGGCCAUCCCACGCUUCGGUUUUCAGUACAAUCUCGCUUGGCAAAGAGAACCAAUCAACAGCCUGAUAAGGAAAGCCAUCAAAGACGCAGAUGCGAAGGGCGUGAAGGUCAUAACUCUAGGCCUUCACAACCAGAACGAGGAGCUGAACGAAAAUGGCAAGAGUUACUUGGACGGCGUCGGGAACGUGAAGGUGAAGGUGGUGGACGGCUGCUCUUUAGCUGCUGCAGUGGUGAUGAAUAACAUACCACAGGGGGCUAGGCAGGUCCUGGUGUGUGGCAGGCUCACCAAAACCGGCUACGCUGUCGUGCGUGCUUUGUGCCAGAGAGGGACCAAGGUUCUUACAGUCACAGAGGAGGAGCUUCAGGGUCACAAAUCGAAGAUCCCAGCCGAGCUCCAUGACCGUCUUGAACUUGUUCACUACUAUGACUGCAAGGUAUGGCUAGUAGGAGAUGGGCUGAGCACUCAAGUGCAAAGGAAGGCACCAAAAGGGACACUCUUUGUUCCGUUCUCUCAGUUUCCCCCAAUGGCUGUCCGCUCCGACUGCACUUACCACACCAUUCCAGCCAUGGCCAUUCCCAAGGCUUUAGAGAACGUGCACUCUUGCGAGAAUUGGCUGCCAAGGAGGGUGAUGAGUGCAUGGCGUAUUGCUGGAAUUGUGCAUGCGCUGGAAGGGUGGGACACUCACGAGUGCGGUGAGAAGAUGCUGGAUAUGAAACAAGUAUUCGAUGCUGCUAUCAGUCAUGGCUUCCGCCCUCUAGGAGUUGCACGUUCCAUGCAAUUUCCAUAAGCCUAAGGCGCCUGUGAUGUGAGCCUUGAUGCUACCCAAGGGGUCCUCCUGCUUGGCUUAUAUAAAUAAUGUACUUUCAGUUUUCCCUUUUUUUCCCCUUUUAAUGAUAAACUCAGCUUGAAGUGCUCACUAUUGGCUGUUCUGUGCUUAAAGUUCCUGAUAAUGGGAAACCUGAGUUGGUCAUA